AUGGGCCCUCUGAGGUCUACGCAGGCAAGAACACGCCCGCGCAGAGAAGUCAAAAAGGUAUCAAAAGACUUCAACCACUCGGACGAAGAAGAUCUCGCAGAUUUCCAGGACGCAGAACCUCCCUCGAAACGCAUCCGCACGUCGCGCAGAGCCCCGCCUUCACUCAAGUGGACACCCGGAGGUCGAGGGGGCGGUGGCAGACAUGUUGAUAAUGAGAGCACCCCUUCGACUACGAGAACACCUAACGCAGACGAAGAGUACGCGCUUCCCCGGACUCGCACGAGACAAAGCCGCAACCCCAAAAAGACGAUGGUAUCUACGCCGCGAUAUUCGGCCAGAAGUAGAAACAGAGGCGGCACGCGGCCGCGAUACAGUACAGCAGCCGCGGCCUCUGCAGCAGUGACACAUGGAGACGGGUACAAGCCUCGAGAAGAGCGCGGCUGGGAAGAGUUUCACCCCGAUCUAGACCUUGACGCGGACUUUGUGGUGUUGCCCUCGGAAGAGAUAGACGGUCUUGUCAAGAAACCCACACCCGAUGCGUGUAGCCAAGGUACCCUGACGCCGACGGAGGGCGAAAGCCUUGCGCUCGGGGCUUCCACGCCUUUCAAGAGGCGACCUGGAAGACCCCAUCGCACCCAGAACUCGAUGGUCAACGCCCUUCUGACACCCGAAGCUCCCAAAUUUGUACCUAUGCCAGGACCAAAUCCGCGAGAACGCCUCACCUUGCCCAAACCCUCAUAUCGAGAACUCGAUCCGUUCCUGUCUUACGAACUGAAUAAGGACAUUGCGCAAGUCGAUUUCGUGGACAAGUCUAUGGCAAAUGUUGGAUACCAAGAGAGCGAAAUCUUCCUGCGGCCGGAGAGGACGCUCAUUAGACAAAUGGAAGGUUCUGCGGAAGAAGACCUCGAUCUCAGUCCAGACCUUAUGACACACGGAGAGAAUUCUGCCAUUGGUAGUACUGGGGUUGGACGGGUCGAGUAUGACAUGGACGAACAGGAUGUCAAGUGGCUGGAGGCUUUCAAUAAAGGGAGGACCAAAGACGGCGUCCAGACCAUAAAACCUGCAAUAUUUGAGAUUACCAUGACCAAAAUCGAAAAGGAGUGGCAUGCUUUGGAAAAGAGGAUACCGAAGCCCAAUCCCAAGGCACCUCAGACGCAGCGUCCACGAUCGAGCUCCGCCGCCGCAGUCAACGGCGAGCCUGCGGGUGAAGAGCCCGACAGCAAAUGCGCAAUAUGCGACGACGGUGACUGUGAGAAUGCCAAUGCUAUAGUGUUCUGUGACGGCUGUGACCUUGCAGUACACCAAGAGUGCUACGGUGUACCAUAUAUUCCCGAAGGGCAGUGGCUAUGCAGGAAAUGCCAACUUGUGGGGAAUUCUCGACCGAGCUGCAUUUUCUGCCCGAACGAGGGUGGUGCUUUCAAACAAACCAAUAAUUCGAAAUGGGCUCAUCUCUUUUGUGCCAUCUGGAUUCCAGAAGUCACAAUCGGCAACCCAUCCUUGAUGGAGCCUAUUACCGAUGUUGAAAAGGUGCCCACAAGUCGGUGGAGACUCGUCUGCUACAUCUGUAAGCAGGAGAUGGGGGCGAGCAUUCAAUGCAGUGACGGCCGCUGUUAUGAGCCUUUUCAUCUGACUUGUGCCCGCCAAGCAGGCCUCUUUUUGCAAAUGAAAACUGGAGGCGGCCAGAAUACUCUAAUGGAACCGUCACAGCUCAAGGCGUACUGCCACAAACAUACUCCUGGUGACUGGAAACGUCAGCACCACACCGACAAAGCCUAUGAAGAGGCAGUGAAGUACUUCAAAGAACACUUUCGCGGACAAAUAUGGGCAGAUAGCCGUGCAUCUGCCUUGGCGAUUCAUGAUAUCAAUGAAUCGCCCGCCGCAGAUAGAGGCCAUCUGAAGGUGACUCUGACUAACAAGAAGGGACAAAAGCAGAAAACUGUCUGGCGACUUCCUUCAGGUGCUCCUGUCAUCCCCGAGGUAAUUCUGAAAUCUAUCGAGGAAUCCCUGGUAAGGUUCACAGUGCAGAAGAAAAAGGAAUACGUUUCAGAGAUCUGCAAAUACUGGACCCUGAAACGCGAAGCUCGUCGGGGUGCCGCCCUUCUAAAGCGACUACAGUUGCAGAUGGAUACAUUCAGCUCCUUUGAGGUGACGCGCCGCGAUUACAAGGCUCAAGGUGCAGCCGGCCGUGCGAGGCUGGACCGACGGAUUGAAUUCGCUGAGAAGUUAGCGAAGGAUAUGGACAGAAUCGUGCAGAUAUCCACCUUGAUCAAAGAACGCGAAGCGGCAAAACUGCAAGAAGCUCGCCUGUUGAAGGACGUCGUUGACAUCGUUUACUUCCCUGUUCCACAUCUUCUAGAGCCGAUUAUCGAGAAAGCGCUCAAACUUGAUAGAGGUCUCUUCCGAACCGGUCUGCUCGAAUUGCAGGCCAAAGUUCUCCGGAAAGAGCACACCUCAGUUGCAAGCUUUUCCAAUGAUAUGCUGCUGGUGAUCAAUUCGCAAUUUGGCAACAGCGCAGGAAGUAUCUCAGAAUUAAUUUCCUUGGUCAGCGGCCGUGCUGAAGACAUGAAACCCGAAGAUCGGGAUCGGCGUACACUUGCACGACGAAUAGUCAAGGGCAUUGAACCACUUAUCGACGAUGCCACUCGCAAAGAAGCUGAAUUGCAUGGCAGACCAUAUGCUGAACAGAUUAGAGAGAUGGAUGAAGCACUCCUGUCGAGACGUGGCUCUUUGGCACAGUCCGUGGAAAUUCCUGUCAUUGAUUCCAUCGAACUGAAACACGAGGUCGGGAUCGCUAGUCCCGCCGACGGUGAUGUUGAGAUUGUUGACAUUACAACUACCAUGCAAGAGUCGCCCCGCAUGGAGGAAAAGGUCAAGACCUUGGAACCGCCUGCUGCGCAAGCCGACAUGAUCAAGAACGGCGGCCUUGAGAUGGAAUCCCACCUGGUCUCAGCCAGUACGCCGCCCGCAUCAACGAACGGGUUUAGGCAGGAACCACAUACGAAUGGAAUUGCAACGGCGGAGCCAGUACAACAAGUGGAGCCACCUACGCCUCCAAUGAGUUUGGAAGGUCACUCUCAAACUCUCCAGUCUGAAGGUGGCAUUCCUUGGUACGUUACCCAGUUUGAUCCAGAAGGCACGACCAUUUUCGAAGAACGCUGGACGGGACCCGAAGUACUACGUGAAAUGAGUGAAGAGUUGAGUGAGAUGGAUGAAGAUGAGCUCCAAGGACUAGGUGCAAGCGAUGACAUUAUCGGAGACACCGAUGGUGCUGUAAUCGGUGAUAGGACAGGCUCAAAGAUUGAGGAGGCUACAGCCAGGAAGAGGAUAUUGAGGAGUAAACGAAGCAAGAACUCCGAUUGGGGUGCCAGGUCCUUCCGGAAUAGAAGAUGA